UGUUCAGAUAAUUUUUGCACUGGUUUCUCCCGUCUUCUUUACAUUUCAUUUCGUUUCUGUUUCUGAUAUUUUUUUCUUACUAAAGCGUUCUAUCGCAGUCAUUUUCUAUCCUUUUCCACUUCUUCCCCAUUGAUUCUCUCAGAUAGCCAUCGUAUUCCCCUCAAACCUUCCCCAAUCAACCACUAUCAGCUUCUUCCCAACACCCCAUUGAACCGAACCUGAACAUUAUGGGAGGAUCCAGUAAGCAAAAGCAACAAAGCAAAGUACAAAGCAGCCAACCACGCAACAAUACUCAACGAAGUUCACCACCGCCGUUCCUUCAGCAACAUUCUUCGUCUAGCAAAUUUGAAUUAGAACCCAACCCCUUUGAACAAAGUUUUAAUUUCAAUGACAAAGUAGCAAGUGCAUCUCGAAAGCCCAAUGUGCUACCGCCGGUGGCUGCCAUUGACUCUCCAAGUGAUGGCGCCAAUGCGCGUAACAACCCUCUUUGGGAAACGUUACGAUCGGGCGAGCUUUCACCUAGUAUGCUAGGUGGACCACGGCCUCCGCCGCAGAAUAAUGAUAGCCGAACGUCAUAUGGUUCCAGCCUACUUCCGCCUCAAAUGGGACAUAACAGCGGAGUCCUCGACACUAUGAACCAACCCUCAAUGCAAAAUUAUGAAGCUAUGCAACCCAAUAAUCUGUAUCUUUUAUCAGCUGCUCAGCAGGAAGUGAUGCGACGCAACAGCCUUGGUCAAGUUGUGCCUGUUGUCAAAUCCGAAAUCGAUGAUAUGGGUCCUCAAUCAAGCCAUUCACCGCCCAGCCGAUACCGUGUCACCACUAGCCCUGAAAGCAGCGCCGAUGAUCUACACUCAAGACGAUCCAAUAGACGAGCGUCGUCCUCCUCCAGACGCACUGAUGGUGGAGGGGAUGACACUGAAAAGCGAAAAAACUUCCUUGAGAGGAACCGACAAGCCGCUCUCAAAUGUAGACAACGUAAGAAGCAAUGGUUGGCUGAAUUGCAAAACAAAGUCGAAUAUUUAUCCAGUGAUAAUGAAAAGCUGCAAACUCAAGCUACAUCCCUUCGAGAAGAAAUCAUCAAUCUUAAGACGUUGCUUCUCGCACAUAAAGAUUGCACCGUUGCUCAGGCCAAUGGCGUCAUUGGCUUAGAGCAACUCCGUGCUGCUCCAGGCAUGCUUCUGCGGCAAAAUGUUCAAAACAGCGCUCCCAUGAACAUGUUUGGUGGCACGGGUGGACCCUCGUAUCAACAUAAUCCUCACCAAGUCACAUAGAUAAACCGGGCUCCUUUGCUAGCCAAGGACACCUUGCCCUUUAUAUUCAAUUCCUUUGACGUAACUUUUUUUUUUCGUUCUCUUUUUAUUUUCUCGUUUGAUACACACAACGCACACACACGUUUUCCCCGCCCUGAAAAAUGACAGUAACUUUUUGUAAAUCCACCUUCGGAGCGUUCCUGACCCAGAGUCAAAGAACUUGUUUUCAGUAAAUAGCCUUUUUUCCGUUCUUGUUGAUGUCGAGGGAGUCAUGGUUUUGUUUUUUUGGAAUUAACGUACAAUUUGAAAAAGACAGUAUGCACUUGAAUAAAAUGAUGCCAAAUUUCCUCCACUGUAA